AUGGAAAAUAAAUGCUAUGAACGAGAACUGCAAGAUAAGGAAAGAGAUAGAAAUUCACGUAGAAAUUUAGACACCAUCGAUAAUAUUGAUGAUAAUUUAAAGGAACAACAGCAAAUGAGACGUAAAUUGGAAUUGGAUGCUAAACUCUAUGAUAAAUGGCGUCAUGGAGUAGAUGAUGACAACUUGAUUUAUGAAUCGAAGAGUGAUAAUGAAGUAGUGGAUCACCAGCUGCAACGUGAAAUGAAAGAAGAGGCGACUAAAGGGAAACAACUAAACUUCCAACAUGAACGCAAUAAAACUGAAGAGAACGAAAUACGUGAAAUACGCAAUUUGCAGGAGUUUCACAUGGAUCAGCUAAGAGAACAGCAAAAGGAUAUUGACGAUUUAAAGGUUAAAGAACAACAGUUAAAAGCCAAUUUAAAUGAUCUGGAAAAUGAGCUGGAGUUAUUGGAACAAUCCUAUUUCGUUUUAACUAAAUCCAACGAUAUUGGCAAUUCUUUUAAUUUAUAUAAGAUAAAAAUAUUAAUGCGCAAUAGAUCGGAAGUAUUUCGUAAUCAAAUUAAACUUUGCCUUAGUAUUUUAGAAAGAUCUAUGGAUUAUGUUGAAAACUCCAAAAUCUUAAAACAAUUUGAGGACGAGUUGAAGCAACAAUUGGAGGCGGAAAAUAAAAAACUUUCACAAAUUGAAUGUAUGUACGAAUCCGAGGCCAAGCAUCACCUACAAUGCGAUGAGGAAAUCUGGCAGAAAUAG